AUGCCAAGUUCAUAUCCUGUACCUACUCAAAUGGUUCAACAGUUAUGGAACAGGUUAAUUGGAUUCUUGAUGCGUUCAUAUCCCAUGAAAGAUUUCCCACUGAACAUUCGUCCGGGCAUGGUCUUUGCGACUGCUAUUUGGAUAAUCUUGUUAGGUAUUUUAGGUAUGGCGCCUCUACCCACUUUACCUGUGAAUGACAAGGCAUUACAUUUCUUCGGGCUUGGAUUUGCGACAUUCUUGUUAUAUUUCGUAUUGGAAGUACCAGAAGGUCCAGGUAGAAGGAUAUGGUAUAUUAGAAGAGCGCCUUUACUUCUCACUCUGAUAUUAGCUUUCUUCGUAGGCGGGAUAAUAAGUGAAUUCGUUCAAAGCUUCUUACCCUGGAAGGAAUUUCAAUUCGGUGACAUAGUUGCGAACUUAUGCGGCUCAACAUUAUUCCUCUACCUAGCUCAUCUGCUGCAUCAAAGAAACCUACGUAAAAUGGAAUUAUCAUCUUUAUAUCAACCAUUAUCAGUUCAUGGAAGUUCAACUUAUCGUGAUGCUCAAGGUAGACAGCAUAUGUUCCCAUCCAGUUCUUCCGUUCCAGAAUCAGCUUCAGGUGGUCAAGGGGAAGAGGGUACGCCCCCGAGAGAAAACCGUAGAGAAAGAGAAGGUAGUGGAGUCUGGGAUGAAGAUUCCGAUUUCGGUAGAAGCUCACAAGAAACUGCUAGAGGAGCAGAGACAAAUACGGUCUUCGAAUUAGGUGAUUAUGACGAUGAUGAUCACCAACCCAGAGGAAAGAACAAUAUAUAG